CCCGCAUCCCGCCUGCCGCGCCCACGGGGAGCCUUGCAGACUCGCAGACUCGCACCCGCUGCCCGGCAUGCUGCUGCGGGGCGGCCAGGCGCUGCGGCGCUUCUCCACCGGCCAGGUUUACUUCAAAAACAAGCUGAAGCUGGCACUUAUCGGCCAGAGCCUCUUCGGACAGGAAGUCUACAGCCACCUCCGCAAAGAGGGCCACCGCGUCGUGGGGGUGUUCACGGUUCCAGACAAGGAUGGAAGAGCUGACCCCCUGGCUUUGGCUGCAGAGAAGGACGGGACACCUGUGUUCAAGUUCCCCAAAUGGAGAGUCAAGGGCAGGACCCUGCAGGAGGUGGCGGAGGCCUACCGAGCCGUGGGGGCCGAGCUGAACGUGCUUCCCUUCUGCACGCAGUUCAUCCCCAUGGACAUCAUCAACAGCCCGAAGCACGGCUCCAUCAUCUACCACCCCUCCCUGCUGCCCAGGCACCGGGGCGCGUCCGCCAUCAACUGGACUCUAAUUAUGGGAGAUAAGAAAGCUGGGCUUUCUGUUUUCUGGGCUGACGACGGUUUAGACACAGGGCCCAUCCUUCUUCAGCGAUCGUGCGAGGUCAAGCCCAAUGACACAGUGGACACGCUUUAUAAUCACUUCCUCUUUCCUGAAGGAAUCAAGGCCAUGGUAGAAGCCGUGCAACUCAUAGCGGAUGGAAAUGCUCCUCGUACCCCCCAGCCAGAAGAGGGGGCGACCUAUGAAGGGAUCCAGAGAAAGGCAGACGCUGAGAUUCGCUGGGAUCAGCCUGCCGAGGUUUUACAUAACUGGAUCCGAGGUCAUGAUAAAGUCCCCGGAGCCUGGGCGGAGAUAAAUGGACAGGUGGUGACUUUCUACGGCUCGUCCUUGCUGAGCAGCUCCGUGCCUCCCGGAGAUGCCCUGGACAUCAAAGGUGCGCGGCAGCCUGGGCUCGUCACCAAAAGCGGACUUGUUCUCUUCGGCAGUGACGGGAAGGCGCUGAUGGUGAGAAAUCUGCAGUUUGAAGACGGGAAAAUGAUUCCUGCCUCCCAGUACUUUUCGGCAGGCGAGGAGUCAGCAGUAGAACUCACAGCCGAGGAGCUGGAGGUGGCGGAGACCAUCAAGGUCAUCUGGGCUGGAAUUUUACGUAACGUCCGCGUCAUCGAAGCCUCCACAGACUUCUUUAAAUCCGGAGCAAGCUCAAUGGACGUGGUGAGGCUGGUGGAAGAGGUCAGACAGAAGUGCGGCGGCCUCCAGCUGCAGAACGAAGACGUCUACAUGGCCCCCAAGCUUGAAGACUUCAUCCAGAAGGUGGUGAGAAAGCUGCGAGGAGAGGACCAGGAGGCGGAGCUGGUCGUGGAUUACGUGUCCAAGGAAGCCAACGGCAUGACGGUGCAGAUGCCGCAUCAGUGCUUCAUAAACGGGGCGUUCGUGGACGCGGACGACGGGAGGACCUACGGCACGGUGAACCCCGCGGACGGCUCUACAAUCUGCAGAGUAGCCUACGCUUCUUUGGCGGACGUGGAUAAAGCAGUAGCAGCCGCAAAGGAUGCCUUUGAGCACGGCGAAUGGGGAAGAAUGAACCCCAGAGAAAGAGGAAGAUUGAUGUACAGACUUGCAGACCUCCUGGAGGAGAACCAAGAGGAGCUGGCCACCAUCGAAGCCCUGGACUCGGGGGCCGUCUACACCCUGGCGCUGAAGACCCACGUUGGGAUGUCGGUGCAGACUUUCCGAUACUUUGCCGGCUGGUGUGACAAAAUCCAGGGGUCUACGAUUCCCAUCAACCAGGCCCGUCCAAAUCGCAAUCUGACCUUCACAAGGAAGGAGCCCAUUGGUGUCUGUGCCAUCAUCAUCCCCUGGAACUACCCACUUAUGAUGCUGGCCUGGAAGAGUGCCGCUUGCCUGGCGGCCGGCAACACCUUAGUGCUCAAGCCGGCGCAGGUCACACCCUUGACUGCUCUGAAGUUUGCCGAGCUGUCCGCCAAGGCCGGCUUCCCAAAGGGCGUCAUCAACAUCCUGCCCGGCUCAGGGGGUGUGGCAGGACAGCGCCUCUCUGAGCAUCCUGACAUCCGCAAACUGGGGUUCACCGGCUCCACUUGGAUUGGGAAACAGAUCAUGAAAAGCUGCGCUGCCAGCAACCUGAAGAAGGUCUCCCUGGAGCUAGGCGGCAAGUCCCCGCUGAUAAUAUUCCACGACUGCGAGCUCGACAAGGCCGUGCGCUUGGGCAUGGGCGCGGUCUUUUUCAACAAAGGCGAGAACUGCAUCGCGGCCGGCCGGCUGUUUGUGGAGGAGUCCAUCCACGACGAGUUCGUGAUGAGAGUGGUGGAAGAAAUUAAAAAGAUGAAAAUCGGCGAUCCACUUGACAGAGCUACUGAUCACGGGCCUCAAAACCACAAGGCCCAUCUGGAGAAGCUGCUGCAGUACUGUGACGCCGGAGUGAAGGAGGGGGCCACCCUGGUGUGUGGGGGGAGACAGGUCCAAAGGCCGGGCUUUUUUAUGGAACCAACUGUGUUCACAGAUGUGGAAGACCACAUGUUCCUGGCCAAGGAGGAGUCCUUUGGGCCCAUUAUGGUCAUUUCCAAGUUCCAGAACGGGGACAUUGAUGGUGUGCUACAGCGAGCAAAUAACACGGAGUAUGGUCUGGCCUCAGGGGUUUUCACAAGAGACAUAAACAAAGCCAUGUAUGUGAGCGAGAAACUGGAUGCAGGGACCGUGUUUAUUAACACUUACAACAAGACAGACGUGGCGGCCCCAUUCGGCGGAGUCAAGCAGUCUGGCUUUGGGAAAGACUUAGGUGAGGAAGCCCUAAAUGAAUACCUCAAAACCAAGACGGUGACGCUGGAGUAUUAGACAGUGCCGUCGCCAGGAAACCUUGGCCUCUCACCUGUCCACGGGAGGCAGGAGGACCCAGCCCCCAGCCUAAAAACACACCUACAAUCAAUGGGGGGGGGAUGUCCAGCCUCUUUCUGAGCAUUUGCACACGUGCCUGGGUAUUUUCUAAUCCACAUUUUCUACUUUCAAA